UUUAAGAUCGAUCUUGAAAUCAAGCAGCAGCAGCAGCCAUGAGUAGAGGUGGGAGCUAUGGUGGUGGACAAAGUUCAUUGGGGUACUUGUUUGGCUCAGAUGAGCAACAAAGCCCACCUCCGCCAUCUAAGCCGAUAACACCCCCUUACGGCAUCGAUAGCUUGGACACCGUCACUGAAAAGCCUCCAAGUAUCCCUAACUCUGCUGAAAAAGAAAAGGCAGCAGUUUCCAAUAACUAUCACAGAGCUGAAGGCCAAAAUUCUGGGAACUUCUUAACUGAUCGUCCAACAACAAAAGUUAAUUCAGUUCCUGGUGGAGAUUCCUCACUUGGGUACUUGUUUGGAGACAAGUGAAAAACUUCUGAAUUUUUCUCACCUUCUCUACCUACAUAUAUUUUAAUGGCUAGAUUAUGUGGGUUUUGGACAAAACAAAAAAUAAGAGGGGUUCAUCAGUCCCUUAAGUGUGAGAUUUGCAAGGUAGGUGCCAUUUUUUUCAUUUUGUUUUCUUUUUUUCUUUGGGGGGGAUGGGAAGACGAGGAUCGAUCUAUCGAUCAAGAACUGGGUGUGAUGAUAAACUCUCAAUCCUGGCAUCUAUGUGAGCUUCCAAAUUCGUAGAUACAAGAUUAGGUUAUAGCCUGCUAUAUUUGAGUAUCCUAAGUUUGUCAUAUAAAUAAAUCUAUUUUGAGCUUAUUUUGGUGUUU